CUCUGCCCAGACUGGGGUGGCUCUCGGCGCAAUCUGUCAAGCUGUUGGACCUGCCGUCCCCGCUCUGACCAUUGGCUGGGAAAAGUGGAUCUGGCAGAUGUUCUCAGAGCCUCGGAGCCAGGGCGGAGCGGGGCUGCGGCUCCCACGAUCCCAAGGCCGCGCACCUGCCUCCUCCCUCUCCGCCGCCGCCACCUGAGGGAUCGGGAACAAAGGUGCUUUGUGCAGGCCGCAACCACCUCAUACUUCGGCUUCAGGACUGGGGCUGCUUGGGCCCCCAGCCCAGAACGAAGGUGUGGGGCGGCAAAGGACAAACGCCAAUCCCAAAAUCUGCAAAGAAAACGGGGCAGUGUUUGAAGGUGGUUGGACAGGCUUCACGGAUCCUCGUUCACGCCUCACUUUCCCCUAUCUGGGCAAAGGUUAUGAGUCCUUACGUAAAAUCUUCCACACUUCUAAUAAGGUAAUCUACCCUAAAGCAGACACGAAAGGGCAUGACCUCCUUAUAAAUACUGCGGAUGGAACACGCCAUUCUUUGCAGUGCGGUGCAGCCUCAGCGGAAGCUUAGGCGAACCCGGCGGGCACUGCGGUGCACAGAGGGUUAACUGGAGUUGGCGCUGGGUGGAGAGGAGGGAACGCGCUCCCAUUGGCGGAAAGUUAUCCAGGGGCGGGUCUGUGAAUCUGCGCACCCCACCCCCCUUUCCACAACCCCCCACUUCACUUUGUACCUUUCUCGCCUCGACUGUGAGGCGGGCCGGGACCUGCCGAGCCAGACAAGACCGGACCUCUGGGGCGAUGCGGCUGCUGCCCCUGCUGCGGACUGUCCUCUGGGCCGCGUUCCUCGGCUCCCCUCUGCGCGGGGGCUCCAGCCUUCGCCACGUCGUCUACUGGAACUCCAGUAACCCCAGUGUCAGCCCUGCCCUUCUAGCCGAAUCGCCUCUGGGCAAGUCUCCUGACCUUGCUAACCUCAUUUAUCUCACCUGUAUAAUGGGCUAAUAAUACCUAGUACCCUGGGAAGUCCGGCGGGGUAAGUGAGGUCAUGUAUGUAAAGGAGGUGCAGGGUGUGCAGAUAUAAAUUAUUAUUUCUUUCUCUCUCCUGAGCUGCCUGCCUUUGAACCUCACUCUAUUUUACUGUUUCCAUCCCCCUCCCCAAAUCUCCCUGCCUCUCCUCUGUUUCCCAUCUGUUUUCCUUUCUGAUUUUCUACUUGAGACAAUCUGUGAUUCUAUUCAUUUGUUCACUCACUAACAUUUAAACACAAACUGUGUGCCCGGCCCUGUGCUAGGUUUCAGGGGAUGCCACUAUAUAGAUGAGAAGAUCGAGACCCUGCCCCUUGGGAUUCCACACUCUCCGGAGAGCCUGCAUAAAGACAGUCUUUUCCCUAUUGGGUUGAAGUCUAAAGGAGACUGUUCCUCACUUUAUGUCUGUGUUUGCGGAGACCUUUCCCAGCCCGUCGCACCUCUGUCUGCAGCCACACUGCCGCUCAUGUCCACAUCUGUACCUCCUUGCCUCCCUGCCCAGCUUCACAGCAUCCAUCCAUCUGAGGCUGCUUCGAGGAGACGCCGUGGUGGAGCUGGGCCUCAACGAUUACCUAGACAUUGUCUGCCCCCACUACGAAGGCCCAGGGCCCCCUGAGGGUCCUGAGACAUUUGCUUUAUACAUGGUGGACCGGCCAGGCUAUGAGGCCUGCCAGGCAGAAGGGCCCCGGGCCUAUAAGCGCUGGGUAUGCUCCCUGCCCUUCGGCCACGUCCAAUUCUCAGAGAAGAUUCAACGCUUCACACCCUUCUCCCUGGGCUUUGAGUUCUUGCCUGGAGAGACUUACUACUACAUCUCGGUGCCCACUCCAGAGAGUUCUGGCCGGUGCUUGAGGCUCCAGGUGUCAGUCUGCUGCAAGGAGAGGAAGUCUGAGUCAGCCCAUCCUGUCGGGAGCCCUGGAGAGAGCGGCACAUCAGGGUGGCAAGGUGGGGACACUCCGAGCCCCCUUUGUCUCUUGCUAUUGCUGCUGCUCCUGAUUCUUCGUCUCCUGCGAAUUCUGUGAGCCAAGCAGAACUUCCCUCUCACCCCAAAGAGCCAGAGCCCUCCCAGGACCCCUGGAGGAGAAUCCCUGUUGCCUGCACUGGGGGUACCAAUCCACACCAACAAGAUGGAGCAUUGAUGGGGGAGACUGGAGAGUCUGAGGUGACCCUUGCAGGUGCCUGUCCCCUCAUCACAGACUAAAGAAGAACUGCAGGCAGCCCUGGACACCCUGAAGCAGAGGCAAGACAAACACAGGUGUUUUGCAGGCUGUUCUGAGGGUCUCAACCUAUCCCCCAGGAGGACUGGGAUUUGGUACGAUCAGAUCAAGCCAGCUGAGGGCCAAGGCUGAAGACCUGGGGACAGGUGGAUUGCUGGACCAGGGUAAAGAAGCAGCCCUGCCAUCUGUGCCCUGUGGACCUCUUCCCUGGGGCAGCACCUUGCCCCGCCCCAGGGGGUCACUCGCUUGUCUUCUAUGAAGACGGACUCUUCAUGAGGUUGAAUUUCAUGCCAGUUUGUAUUUUUAUAAGUAUCCAGACCAAACCUUCAAUAAACCACCCAUCUUUCUGUUGCCCUCCUCAA